AUGAAGUCCUUUGAAGAAAUGGCAGAGGGAGAGACCUCCAAGUCAACUCAGAUUUUCAAAUCCCCAUCCUUGAGGCUCACAGCCAAGGAAAUGCUGGUCUCCAAGACCCAAAACUACCUGACGCAGACUAAAAAAACAGAGACCAUCUUGAUCCAGGUUGCCUUCUCCAUUGGGCUAGGCAGCAUGUGGCGUUUCCCUUACCUGUGUCAUCAAAAUGGAGGAGGUGACUUUAUCCUGAUGUACUUCUUCAUGCUCCUCUUGUUCGGGACCCCCCUCUUGUACAUGGAGAUGAUCUUGGGACAAUGGCUGAGAGUGGAGAACAUCCAGCUGUGGAAGCAGCUUGUCCCCUGGCUGGGCGGCAUAGGCUAUGCUAACAUGCUGGUGUGCGUCUUGAUCAGCCUGUAUAACAGCACCGUCAUCAGCUGGAGCUUCUCCUACCUGGCCAACUCCUUCCAUUAUCCCCUGCCCUGGACCGAGUGCCCACGGGUGAAGAGCAGCAAUGUCUCCGGCCUCUCCUGCCUUCAGACUGUGCCCCACCAGUACUUCUGGUACCACACCAUCCUGAAUGCCCCCGGCUACAUUGAAGAAGGGGUCAAGGCCCUCGUCCCAAACCUCACCCUGGACAUCUUCUUAACCUGGCUGCUCCUCUUCAUCAUCAUGGCCACAGGCCUGAAGAGCUCAAUGCACAUCCUGAUUUUCUUGCUGUUCCUCCCCUACGUCAUCCUCCUCUGCCUCCUGAUCCGAUGUCUUUUCCUGGAAGGCGCGAUCACCAGCCUCAGGCAGAUGGUGACAACAGAGCUCUCUACCUGGGCCUCCCCGGAGCUGUGGCAGCAGGCGGGAGGCCACACGCUCUAUUCCCUGGGCCUGGGCCUGGGCACUGUCAUCAACAUCUCCCACAAGGUCGGAGGCAACAACUAUGUCCAGGUGGCCUCCUUGGUGGCCCUGGUCAACCUGGUGACGUCAUUGCUGACCACGUCCAUCAUCUUUAUAGUGCUGGGGUUCUGGGCCACCAACAGCGGCCAAGCCUGUGUUGAGAAGGGUGUCCAAAAGCUGCUGAGUUUGAUAGACAAGGGGGUGCUGCCUCAGGGUGUCAGGCCCCCGCCGAACAUCCUGCUCCUGACCCCGCCGGACUACGAAAACUGGAUCGAAAGCCUCCCUCAGCACCUCAAGCACCAGGUCAUCCACUUCUCCCCGCCCUGCAGCAUCAGGGCCCAGGAGGGAAAGGUCAUGCAGGGCCCUGGCCUGGCAUUCGCAGCCUUCUCCCAAGCUGUCUCGUUGCUCCCCGGUGCCUCUUUCUGGGCCAUCCUCCUCUUCCUCGUCUUGAUCAUCAUGGGACUGAGCACCUUGAUGAAAAUCUUGGAAGGCAUUCUCUUUCCCCUCCAGAACUCCGUCUUCAGGCAGUACCCCUUGCUGCCCGUAGGGGUCGUCUGCUUGGGAGGUUUUCUGGGCAGCCUUGUCUUCACCAGUAAAGCAGGCAGCUACAUAAUAUCCUUCCUUGAUGAGCAUGUGGUCCCGCUGACCCUUGUCAUCAUUGUGAUCUUCCAGAACGUGACCCUGGCCUGGGUCUAUGGAGCUAACAGGUUCCGGGAAGAAAUGUACGGCGAUCACGGCCACUUGCUGUGGUCCUUUUUCAUCUUCCUGUGGCGCUAUGUGACCCCGCCCGGGCUGCUGUCCAUCCUCGCCAUCUGCCUCACUAACCUCUACCUGAGCCAGCCCCACUACUACAUCACCUGGAACAGCAGCCUGAGCCAUGAAGUCAAACAGCCCUACAUGCAGAGCAGCCUGGGAGUCUGGGUCGCCAUCCUUGCCAUCCUCACCUUCCUGCCGAUCCCGGUCUACCCGCUUCUGCAGUGGUGGAACCUCCAGGACCGCGUGGUCAGCGAGGCCUUUGAAAAGAUGCAGUUGCCCAGGAAGCCCACCGUGCCGCCCAGCAAGCCCUCGCAGUGGGGGAGGCACCACUCGACCAAGACCAGCUCCGAGCCGCAGGAGAGGCAGAGCGAGAGCUCGCUGCAGCCGUCCAACCUGCCCCUGGCCAGGGGCUCGAACCUGGACUCCCUGUGGCAGUUCAACAUGCCCUGGCACUGGCAGAGUGAGAGCUCCUCCCGCUUCAGCCUGCCCCUCAUCUCCUCCCUGACGUCCGCCUUCUCCGGGAGGGGCGCCAGCCCGUCCCCUUCGAAGCAAGCGAGCCGGAAACCAACGGCCGUCGUCAGCAGUGACAGAGGCAGGGACGCCAAGGAAGCGAACCUGCAAAAGAAGUGGUUUCAGUAA